AUGUACAGUCCCCUCGUGUACCCUAUCCGCCACGACCUCACUCUCGGAAGGCUAGACGCCAGGUCGCUAUGCUACGGCACAAAUUGGCAAAACGCCGAGCAUGUCGAGACUGUUAUGCACUACAUUCUCCAGUUCAAUAGAAAAGACCGGUUAGCAAGCCUCUACGAGCCUCUAGAGUUGAGUAGUAAGGGCUGGCACUCGGGCAUCAAUCUAGGGCCUUCCUCGAUGCGAUGCCGCACCCCGCAGGCGGGCGUCAUCUUGCCCGGCCUCUACAACGCUCUCGAGCUUGAUAGUACCCACUACCAGAUGACCAGCGCUUCAGCUUUCCUACCCCUGGGAAAGAGCGCCCAAGGGCCAAGUGCGAAAGGGAACUCUUCUUGCCGCAAGGCGAUGACCAUUGGUGAAACUCUCCGUGCUAGACGUUCUUCGUCUAUACUUAUCCCAUACUCUCAUCGUUUUCUCACAAAGUCUACAACGCCGCAGGCCAAGCUGCUAGCGGUCAACGCGCUUUUUAACGCUCCCACUAAUGUCAGCAUGAGAAUACAUGGGGACCUUAUAUGCGAACUGUUACAGAAAGACCUGUACAUCGGGUAUGUCGACAUGGCCGACUCGGAACAUCUGGCCGAGACCCUUCUCACCCCUCCUGCCUCGGCAAUGCGUCAGCUUGAAGACCGAUUCUUCAAUGCAUAUGCGGCCUACGAACGCGCGACGGAGUUGGGAUUAGAAUGGAAUCAGGACGUCCCUAUUCGAAAAAUCACACCGAUCUUAAACACUAACUCGACGUCGGGCAGAGGUUUCCCUCAUACAUUCGCGGUGCCUAGUGCCGACAAGCUCUACCUAGCACAAGUCAUGUCCACGUUCCGUACCGACGUGAAGGCUCCGGGCCAAAGAUGCACAACUUGCAAUGCAGAGGGAAAACUCACUCGAGACGACAGAGGUCCGUAUUCGCAGUGUGUAGUGGCGGACACGCUGGCGAACGGAGCGUGCUCAAAGGUCUCCCGCGCAACGAGGCGGUCGAUGCAGCGGACUGGCAUCAUGGACUUUGUCAGAGCUGACUUGGACGGCGAUUUUACCUUUGAGGAGUUGAGACGUCAGAAAUUGAUGCCGAAGUCCGGGAUGUUCAUUGCGUUGUUGGGGAAGUUUUUCGGGUUUGUGUUCGGCCUGUUCAAGAAGAAGGAGAAGAAGAAGAAGAAGAAGAAGAAGAAGAAGAAGAAGAAGAAGAAGAAGAAGAAGAAGAAGAAGAAGAAGAAGAAGAAGAAGAGGAAGAGGAAGAGGAAGGAGAAGAGGAAGAGGAAGAGGAAGGAGAAGAGGAAGAGGAAGAGGAAGAGGAAGAGGAAGGAGAAGAGGAAGAGGCUGGUGGCCUUGAUCAAGAAAGCCACCAUGGAGCUGAAGCUGCUGGACGAGGAGGAGGAAAAUAGCGAUGUCCAGGGACGUCGGGGAUGUUUAAUGAAAGCCAGAGACUUCGACUAA